CGGAAGUGGGUGUUGGAGUCGCCGUCAUCACACCAGUCAGACCACCGACGACACGGAGUCUGCUGCUGGGAUGAGGCUCAGCACCGGAGAAUCACAGGGAUUGAUCCAGUUCCGAGGUUGAACACAUUCUGAGUGAAAACGCCGCGGAGAGAUCGGAUUGUUUUCAGGAGAAGGAAAAACAAACCUGCGCUCCGCCAAGAUGAUGGAGGAAAUAGACAGAUUCCAGGUACCGAGCGCGGUGCAGGAGGCAGAGAUGCAGUCUGAGAUGCAGCCGCUGGACCCUGCUUCUUCCACUGCCUCAGAGGCAGACUCAGACACCAGAGAGGGAGAAGCUGUCACUAUCAACUAUAAGCCCUCACCUCUUCAGAUGAAAAUAGAGAAACAAAGAGAUCUGGCCAGGAAGGGCUCGUUAAAGAACAGCACCACUGUAAGUAGUCCGGUUAACCAGCAGCCAAAGAAGAACAACGUCAUGGCAAGAACACGGCUGGUGGUGCCAAAUAAAGGUUAUUCUUCCUUAGACCAGAGCCCAGAUGAAAAGCCCCUGGUGGCCUUAGAUACUGACAGUGAUGAUGAUUUCGACAUGUCUAGAUACUCUUCUUCUGGAUAUUCUUCCGCAGAGGUGAGAUGAAUGCUUUGCUGCUAUUUACCAUCCCGUUUCCUUCCAUCCUUCAUUCCCUCGCCUCAAUUCUUUACGGCUGUCAGGAAGCAAAGCAUG